AUGGUGUCGGUGGCGCACCUCCUUGUUCCUGGGAGGACCCUCUCAGUACCGCAAGCGCUGGCUACAUGUGAGCAGCAAUGCGCUCAUAUGAGAGAAGCCCAACCGGCCUGCCAGCACCUCCACUCUCGUCUGGUGGACAUCUUUGACACCAUCCACAGAAGAAGCAGCGUGGGAAACCCGCACCAUCCCGAAGUUUUAAUGAAAUUCGCCAUUCUCGUGUCCAGCUUUGUGGAUUUCUUGGAGCGCUACGACGGACAGUCGCUGGUCUAUCGCGUUAUAAAGCAACCGUCGAUUGUGGACGAGUUGCGCGAAAUUAAUGAAAAGAUCGGCGAAGUGUUCAAUUCGGUGGGAAUGGUGACGACUAUGAGCUGGAAGGAGCAGUUUGGAGAGGACAUUGGCGUGCUGAAGGAGGUGCUCGCUGCCAUGGCGAGGGAUGGAUCCGUGGUUUCUCGAGAGUUGAAGGGCGCUCGCGCUCGAGAAGAAGCGCUGCUGAUGCUCAAGUUUGAGCUGGAGCAGCGAGAAGAGCAGCAUGGUGAGGACCUUGUUCUCCUCAUAAGGACCAUGAUGGAGACAGUCGGUGAAGCAUCGAGCGCGACUUUAUCAGCUUGGUUCGUUCCUUUGUACUGUUUGGAGGUGGAGGUUGAUCCCUUCGCGCGUGGGAGUUUCGGCUCAGUGCAUCGUGGUGUUUGGGGCUGGGGCGUUGCUGUUGUUGUGAAGCGUGUCCAGAUCGACGACAUGAAGAUCGGCGAGGGCGUCCAGCGUAAGAUUGCUAGAGAAGUGGGGAAAAUGUAUGAGCUGAACCACCCGAAUCUCAUCAAGAUGCAUGGCGCCUCACACGUUGGUUCACCGCCUUAUCUACGAGCUCCAGAAUGUCUGAGGUGGCAACCUACAUUUGCGUCUGACGUCUACAGCCUGGGCAUGUGCAUCAUUGCAGCGGAGAUCGGACAGUCUCCUUUUGCCCUCCUAUCUGACGAUGACGUUCGCGACAAUUUGAGGAGGGGCGAAAUCCCUGGUAAGCCAGACAGCAUGGCAGCCAACGCGUGGGAGCUCGUGGUCUCUAUGACGAAAGCUAAUCCUACAGAACGAGUGUCGCUCGGAACGGUGAUUGAUCGGCUGCAGGUUCUUGCUCGCGUCAAUUCUGCAGAGCUAUCUCCGAUGCAACCUGUGGUCCACUUGAGCGCUUCACAAGAAGGAUCGCGGCUUGAUGCUGAUAGCGAAGACGACGAAGGCAGAGUGUCUUCAGACCAAGAAUCAUCGUCAAGUUUUGACUGGUCAGGGGCUCAAAGUCCAGUUAGCAGCCCCGUGCUACCGUCGGAUAAUUUCUCGGUCAGUACCGGUCUAAGCACACUGACCAAAGGCAGUUUUGAGGAACAAGAAAGCACGUUGAUGCGUCUCAUUCAAGCAUGCCUCGAUCCUGAACAACGGAGGGUGCUGGAGGAGUCUAAUGGAUUCCCAGUCUUGGUUGAGAUGUGCAAAUACGGCUCGACAGCCUUCAUUCAAGUAUGCGCUCUGGGCUGUCUCGGUUGGUGCACGGAGCUUGAUUGCUCGUUCCCCGAGAGUGAGUUCGAAGAUCUACAAGAACAUGUCUGCAACUCGAAUUCUCAGGACUAUUCAGACUUUGCGGCUGAUUUACGUCACACCAGUGCCAGCGCGAAACGCAAGGCCGUGAUAUACUGCGCAUGUGUCGCUGAAGCCAGAGGCAGCGAGGCACUGCAAGACGCUGGCGUUGUGGCACCUCUUGUUGCUUUACUUUCGCACAGUGAUGAAGCUGUAGCUUUGUGGGCGAUGAAUGCUGUGGGCAAUAUGGCUGACAAUGACGCUAUGAAAGAUGCCUUCGCACGUGAAGGAGCUAUCGCAUCAUUGCUGGAGUUAAUAAAGACUGGUACGAAUGAUCAAGCGGCGCUAGCUGCGUAUGCGUUGGGCCGUUUGGCUAGCGACCACGAUGGUAAUAAUGCGGCAAUCGUUGGUAGCGGAGCGAUAUCAUGUCUGAUCGAGCUGCUCAGUGGUGAUACAGACACGCAGAAAAACUUCGCAGCUUUUGCGCUGGAGAUACUUGCAGAGGGUGAUAACGAAGCCAACUGGUCUCUAAUGGCUAAUGGAGGCGCUAUUCCCGCCCUGAUCGACCUUCUGCGCACUGGGACUAGCAUCCAGAAGUCCCACGCGGCUAAUACGUUGGGGUCACUGGCCAACAGCGACGAAAACUGCGUGAGAAUCGCUCGUAAACGAGUUAUCCCGGAUCUCGUGUCACUGUUCCAACGAGGAACGCCAAAUCAAAAGGAACGAGCGGUGGGGGCCUUGCAUUUUCUAUCGAGGAACGCCGAGGACAGUGAGCGCAUGGUGGAUAGUGGGGCUAUCGCGGUAUUAGUGGGGAGUCUUGAAAGUGGCACAGCGGAACAACGGGAACACGCACUUGUUGCUUUGGGGGGUCUCGCCUCAAACAAAACUGAGAAUGGGGAGGCAAUAGUGGAGAACGGCGCUAUUCAUCAGCUGAAAGAGAUUCUUCGAACUGGAACUGAGGUCGAGCAAGGCAUCGCAGCGUUCACGCUGGGGCUACUGAGCAACGUCAGUAACACGAUACGGCAAACUAUUGCUGAUGCUGAAGCGAUGAGGCGGCUUGCUCAGCUUCUUCCGACUGUUUCGGGGGAGGAGAAAGACCAAGUGAUGAGUGCGGUGUGUUUUCUAACGGAUCAUGGCAAUGGAGACCUGCAAGCGAUCACGAGCGAAACGAUCGUUCCGCAUCUGGUUGAGUUCGUGAAGAAAAGGUGUCCAAACCACGAAUCGUUUGCUGCGACCGUGCUGGGUCGCUUCGCUAGUGACGAAUCCUUCAGGUCACUCAUAGGCGCCGAAGGCGGAAUUCCGCCCCUCGUAAAGCUGCUGAGGACUGGAAACGCCGCGAACAAAGAGAAAGCAGCAAUUGCUCUGGGUCGUCUCGCGGUGGGGAAUUCCAUGAACAAGAGCGAGAUGGCGAUCUCGUUUUUGAAAAAUCUUUGCAGGACUGGGUCGCGGCAGCUGAAGCGCAGUGCGGCGACUGCUUUGGCCGAAUUGGAGGGUGGUAGUGAGCCACGACCGAGGCAAACGCGUCGACGUGUUGGAGCCUGA